AUGCAACGAAAACGAAUUUCAAGAGAAAUAUUAAAAAUGCAAAAGAACCCGCCUCCAGGCAUUUGCAUAUUCGCCAAAGACGACAAACUGAGCCUGUUAGAAUCGAAAAUCAAGGGACCGGAAGGCUCACCAUACGAAGCCGGUAUUUUCACAUUAGAGAUCCAAAUUCCUGAGAGAUACCCUUUCGCUCCACCAUCGAUCAAAUUCACGAACAAAGUUUACCAUCCGAAUGUGGACGAGAACGGACGAAUUUGCUUGGACUUGCUGAAGAUGCCCCCUUCAGGUGGUUGGAAACCAACCAUAGGAAUCGAGGGUCUGCUCAUAGCCGUUAGGAUGCUCCUUGAAAGUCCCAACCCAGACGAUCCUUUAAUGUCAGACAUUGCAUGCGAGUACAAGCAAAAUAUUAAGGAAUUUAUUAGGAAAGCUAAAGAGUGGACUGAGAAACACGCCACUUAA